AUGGUGCUUGGUGCGCUCCAUGAGAGCUUGGGUGUUCUUAUCGCCGGUGAAAUCGUGUUGCCAUUGGGAUCGUCGACGGCGAGGCAGAUCAUCACAAUGUGGCAACAAGUACUUGUUCUGGCAGUUGUUUUUGACAUUGUUUCAUCAACCUCCAUCAUCAACACCCUACCGGGCUUCUCCGGCGACCUCCCCUUCAAACUUGAAACUGGGUACGUCGGCGUAGGUGAUUUGGAUGAUGUGCAACUAUUCUAUUACUUCAUUGAAUCCGAGGGUAGUCCUGAGUAUGAUCCUCUUGUGCUUUGGCUUACUGGAGGUCCUGGUUGUUCUGGAUUUUCUGCUCUUGUAUAUGAAAGUAUCGGUCCACUUUCAUUUGACGCUGCAAAUUCCACUGGCAACAAGCCACAGUUGAAGUUGAACCCAUACUCAUGGACAAAGGUGGCCAACAUUAUAUUCUUAGAUGCACCUGUGGGCACUGGUUACUCGUAUGCAAAAACUUGGGAAGGAUACAGCAACAUGAGUGACACAUUAUCAGCUGCAGAGAUUUACGAAUUUUUCAGAAAGUGGCUUAUGGAUCACCCCAAAUUCCUCGAAAAUCCACUCUAUGUUGCCGGAGAUUCUUAUUCGGGCAUUAUAGUUCCUAUUGUCGUUCAAGAAAUAUCUGAUGGUAACGAAGCCGGACGUCAUCCACCGAUGAAUAUCCAAGGAUAUGUGCUUGGUAAUCCAGCAACUGACUUGGAUGUCGAUGAAAAUUAUAGAGUGCCAUUUGCUUUCAGAAAAGCUCUCAUAUCAGAUGAACUAUACCAGUCAAUGAAAACAAAUUGUAAGGGCGAGUAUGUCAAUGUGGAUCCAAACAAUGCGUUAUGUGUAGAUGAUUUAGAUCAAUACAAUGAGUGCAUUGCAGAAAUAAACACACCCCAAAUAUUGGAACCUUAUUGUACUGUUUCUUCUCCAAAUCCAUUAGGGUCCGAUUGGGAGUCUAGUGAUCUGCGUAAGGACUCUGUAAAUCUUCUUUCUCUUCCUCAACUUUCCAGGCCAUGGUGUCGAAGCUACAUUUACCGUUUCUCUUAUAUAUGGGCAAAUGAUAAAACGGUUCAAGAUGCUCUUCAUGUUCGGGAGGGAAGCAUCAAGGACUGGCAGAGAUGCAAUAAGACCUUAUCAGCUUCAUAUAUAUCUGAUGUUUCUUCUAGUCUCGUUUAUCACCAGAACCUCAUAAAAAAAGGCUACAGAGUUCUGAUAUACAGUGGUGAUCAUGACAUGGUGAUUCCGUAUUUGGGUACUGUUGCUUGGAUAGAAUCUCUAAACCUAACAGUUGACAGUGGAUGGAAACCGUGGUUCGUGAAUGGACAAAUUGCAGGAUACAGAGUGCAGUAUACUUAUGAAAAAUACCAGUUGACGUUUACAACCAUAAAGGGAGGGGGUCAUACAGCUCCAGAGUACAGACCUGAAGAAUGUCUUGCCAUGUUAAGUAGGUGGUUCGCAUUCUACCCUCUGUAGUCUGUAAAUCU